AUGCCAGAAGAAGUUAAACCAACAGCGCAAUUAACACCGCAGCACCUGCAGUUUGAGGAAAACGUUUCUCGCCACAUAAUGUCGACACUUGGGAAUCUGGAACCGUUCAACGUGGAACACCCAGAAAAUUGGUCUACGUAUUAUGCGAGGUUCGAGCUCUACUUACUGGCCAAUGACGUACAGGGCAACGAUCGGCAAAGGGCCGUAUUUCUCACCUUAGCCGGAGCGCCAUUAUAUGAUCUCCUGUCGUCAUUGGCCUCGCCCCGUCAGGGAUUUUCCGAGUACGUCGCAGCCUUGCGCAAAUUGGCUGUUGAUUGCAACUUUGGCACGGCGUUGGAUCGCAUGCUAAGAGAUCGCUUGGUAUGUGGCUUGCGUGAUGAGGCAUUGCAGCGCAACCUACUAGCAGAGCCGGACUUGAAGCUGCAAAAGGUUCUCGAUCGAGCUGCUACUGCCGAAGCAGCAUUUAAGCACGCAUCUGAAAUGCGACACUCCGAACAGGUUCAUCAUGUAGCGUCCAACAACAACUAUCGCCAUAAUCGUUUGAAAACGCGUGCUAGUUCCAACGCACAAACAAAGCCAUGCAAUGGAUGUGGUGGCUCACAUGCCCGCUGUCAGUGUCCGCAUCGAGAAACAAUUUGCUCGUCGUGUGGCACAAAAGGUCACCUUCAACGUGUUUGUCGCUCAUCAGCAUCUAACUCAGCCAAUCAGCAAAAGACAUCGCAUUCUUCAGGACGGUUAAAAAAGCAGAAACCACAAUCCAUAAAUCAAAUUUUGCCUCUGGUUGAUUUGAAAAAAUCAGCGACCAUCAGUAUUAAUGGAUAUAAUUGCACAUUUGAAAUCGAUUCGGGGUCAAACUAUACCAUAAUGUCAUCAACAACAUUUGAACGUGUGUGGCCGGUACAGAAGCCAAUCAUGCACACCAGUGACCUUGAACUUGUCGAUUUUCAACGUAAUAGAAUUCCUAUAAUGGGUGUGGUUGAUACAGAUGUAUCAUACGGCGGCCGUGAGGUCAGCUGCUUACCCGUCGUUGUCGUAGACGGAAACCGUUCAAACGUAUUAGGGUGCAAUUGGUUCACCCCACUGGGCAUUACAAUUCAGGGCGUCAAUGCAGUUGAAGAAGCAUCGUCAAUCAAAGGUAUCCUUAAGCAAUUUAAUCAUCUUUUCGCAGAGGAGCUGGGGUGUUUCAAAGGGAAGCCAGUUUCCCUCUACAUCGACAAGUUAGUUCAACCUAUUCGAUAUCCACCUCGGCGUAUUCCAUUAGCCACCAAAGGCCUUGUCGAAGCUGGACUAGACCGCCUAUGUUCACAAGGGAUCCUAGAGCCAGUUGAGUACUCGGACUGGGCCACACCGAUUGUGCCGGUUCCUAAGAGCGACGGGACAAUCCGCAUUUGCGGCGACUAUAAGUCGACGCUUAACAAAGCACUAAAGCCGCACAACUUCCAGAUACCUGCUAUCAACACUUUACUUUCGUCUAUAGAGGGAGGCAGCAUUUUUGCCAAAAUAGAUCUUGCACAAGCCUAUCAGCAAUUGCAAGUGGACGAACAAUCAUCCGUGUUGCAGACUAUCGUCACUCACAAAGGCGCCUUCAGAGUUACCAGGCUUCAAUUUGGAAUCUCUUCAGCGCCAGGGAUAUUUCAAAAUUUUAUAGAAACACUUUUAAGAAAUAUUCCGGGGGUGCUGCCGUAUUUUGACGACAUCGUUCUAAUGGGCAAAACAGAGGCUGAGCUCGCUGCUCGGCUGCAUGAGGUAUUUAGCCGAUUCAACACCGCUGGUCUUCGACUAAGAAAGGAUAAGUGUUCCUUCGGAGUCUCAAGCAUCGAGUUCCUGGGAUUCAAGCUGGAUUCACUGGGCAUUCGGCCAUCUCAGAGUAAAGUCAAGGCCAUUCAAAACGCUCCAGCACCCCAAGACAAAAAACAAUUGCAAGCGUUCUUGGGCCUCCUCAAUUUCUACCACUCCUUUUUACCGAACAAAGCUACAAUUGCCGAGCCCUUACAUCGCCUACUGGAUAAGAACUCCCAUUGGUUCUGGAAAAAGGAACAACAACAGGCGUUCGAAAAUCUUAAGCAGCUCAUAGUAUCCGAACGCGUUCUAGUACACUAUAGCUCAAAAUUGCCAUUGGUGGUAGUUUGUGAUGCAUCGCCAUAUGGCAUCGGCGCUGUUCUCAGCCACCGCAUGCCUGAGGGGUGUGAGAGGCCCAUUGCAUUUUACUCUAGGACCUUAUCGAAGCCAGAGCGGAAUUACGCCCAAAUAGACCGCGAAGCUGUAGCGUUAAUCGCUGGAGUGAAAAAAUUUCACGACUACCUUUAUGGGCGCAAAUUUACUCUGGUUACCGAUCAUCGGCCCCUAUUGGGUAUCUUCAAUACGACCAAGCCCGUUCCUAAUGUGAUAUCAUCGCAAAUGCUUCGACGGCGAAUUUUCCUUAAUGCGUACGAUUUUGAAAUUGCAUACCGUUCGGGAAAUAAGCUGGGGAACGCUGACUUUUUGAGUCGAUUACCCUUAAUGGAUGAGCAACGAAUGAUUAAGGAAGAUGUACUGAUGAUAGAAAUGGUCAACAAGCCCGUAGUAGACGCCAAACAUAUCGCUGUUCAAACUGCCAAAAAUGCGGACCUGGCAAAAGUUCUCAGCUGGGCGUUAAGGGGGUGGCCACCUAACAUGAGCCGAUCGGACAGGCUGUAUCCCUUUUAUGUUCGCCGACAAGAAAUCUCAUCACUAAAAGGUUGCUUACUAUGGGGGAACAGAACAAUCAUCCCGACAGAAAGUCGACAGGUAGUCCUCAGUGCGUUACAUACUGGCCAUCCGGGCAUUGUGCGAAUGAAGGCCUUAGCGAGAAGCUAUGUCUGGUGGCCGAAAAUGGAGUCGGAGAUUGAGGAUAUUGUAAAGAUGUGUGCACCUUGCCAAGCUACUCGUCACGAGAAUGCUCAUGCGCCAGUUCAUUGGUGGGAAACAACGAAAAAUCCAUGGUCACGCCUCCAUGUAGAUUUUGAUGGGCCGUUUCAAGGUAAGAUUUUCUUCAUCGUUGUAGAUUCGUUCUCGAAGUGGCUUGAAGUUUUCUUGGUCAAGUCAACCUCAUCCCAAUCGGCCAUCAAACCCCUUCGAUCACUCUUCGCAACUCAUGGGCUGCCGGAUGAGAUAGUGUCAGACAACGGGACAGCAUUUACAUCCGAUGAAUUUAAAACAUUCAUGCAGGACAACUUAAUUCGUCACAUUCGCUGUGCCCCAUUUCACCCGUCGUCCAACGGUCAAGCAGAACGAAUGGUGCAGACAACGAAGGACUUCUUGAAGAAAACACCAGAGUGGCAGGACAUCGACUUAAGGCUGUCACGGUUUCUUUUCAAUCAGCAUAUUACGCCGCAUACAUCUACUGGGCGUUCACCUGCAGAGCUUAUGUUUAAGAGACAACUAAAGACAUUUUUCGAUAAAAUUCAUCCGCACGAAUUGCCUACUGCAAAGCACGAAAUUGGCAGGGAGAAGUCCUUCAACGAUGGAGACCCAGUGUGGGUGCGAAACUACUCCACAGGACCUAAAUGGGUACCAGCGAAAAUUAAUUCAAGGAAUGGACCCAUAUCAUAUGCAGUUCAGCUGGACGACGAUUCGCGUAUCAUAAAACGGCAUCUAGAUCAGAUAAGAAUUCGACAAGUAGCUGAACGGGGUAAUGACUUAGCUCUCUUUAACCAAAACUCUAAAGAGCCAGAAACCUCAUCGGAAUCGGGGUCUGCAGCGAUGGAUGAGAGCAGUCCAUCUUCUCCACUUCAACAACAGUCCAAUUCAGAGGGUUCUUCGCAGCAUCGGUCGUACCCCUCCACCGCAGCAGAUAGUUCGACACCGCUGGACGCAGGCAUCUCAUCAGACGAUUGCACUCCACGACGAUCCAAUCGUGCUCGACGUCCACCAGAUUUUUACAGCGUUCCUGGGCGUUAA